AUGGCUACCACCGCCGCCGGUCGCAUGCUGUCACGGCAGCUGCAGCAGAUGCAUGCGGACAAGGACAUCCCAGGCAUCAGCUGUGGAUUGGUCGACAACAACGUCUUCGAGUGGGAGGUGAUGCUCAUGAUCUCCGAUGAUGUCAAGCUCUACGGCGGUGGUUUCUUCCGCGCCCGACUCUCGUUCCCCCCGGAUUACCCUCACAUGCCGCCGAAGAUGAAGUUCGAGACUCCUCUCUUCCACCCGAACAUCUACCCCAACGGCGAUGUCUGCAUCUCCAUCCUCCACCCCCCGGAGGAGGACAAAUACGGCUACGAAUCCGCCGCCGAGCGCUGGUCCCCCGUGCAGACCCCCGAGACGAUCCUGCUCUCCGUCAUCUCCAUGCUGUCCAGCCCCAACGACGAGAGCCCCGCCAACGUCGAGGCGGCGCGGUUAUGGCGCGAGAACCCCCAGGAAUUCAAGAAGCGGGUGCGCAAGUGCGUUCGCGAUAGCUUGGGCGAGGAGUAA